GGUGGAGGGAAAUUUUGCCAAUAAAAACGAAAAUAACGGAGACAAGCCACGACCAGAGGAGAGCGUUCGAGAAGGGGUACAUCAUGGCGGACAUUGUUGAGACUUACAGGAAAGCGGUAGUAUUCACCCACAAGCAGAUGGCAGCAGAGAAGCGGUAUAUAGAGUCCGAGCGGAUCCGGUACAUGAUGUACGUUCAAAACGCCUACAUCAAAUCGUACCAUCUCACACAUAUGAUGCAUGAAAUUGAUGCUAAGUUCGGGACUGAUAAUACAGGUCAAAUAACCCAAAUGAGCCUGAACGUCAUUUUUCACGAUUACACGCCAUCACACUACAAUACGUCCGGCUUUUAUUAUACGAAAGAGUUGGACGACAUUAGACAGGCCCGGGUGAAAGAGAGAAAGAGAAAGGUGGUCGCAGAGAAGCGACAGCGGCAAUGGGAGGUCGACAAGAAGGGGACUGUUACGCAGGGGACUAUUAAGACCACUACGAACUGGUGGCCUGUGGCUUACGGCUGGGACAUUGACUAUUAUUGGUAA